GUUGUUGCGAUUUCGUCGCCGAAACUUUAAUCUUUUUCUUCUAUAAAGUUCCAAAAAGUAACAUCUUUGCCAAAUUAUCUGUGCUAUUUUAUUUCGACUCACAGAUUUUCCGAUGGAGGAUAUCAAUAUGGAUGUGAUACAAUGGAGGAAGUUGUGGCAGUUUGUUUCAGGAAUACAUUACGGAACACCGAAUUCGGAAGUGAAAGUCAAGCUGCUGCAGGUGUCCAAGGAGUUGGUGGACGGGAUCCUCCAUUACAAAAAACCCAGCAAAGAAUCGGAGGCAAAACUGCAGAAGCUGAUCAAAGAUAGAAAUCAAUUGAAGCUCCAACCGUUUGCCAACAAACUUCACCAGUAUUUGGACAUUGACGCUAUCCAAUCGUGGCAAAUUCUCUGCUUCUACCUGGUGAACGAGUACCGCGGGGCUGCGACCGCACUGGCGGAAUACAUAUCGACCGAAACGUCGAUGGUAAAGUUAUUGCACGACAUUUGGGUGUACCACACGAUCGAGCGUAUGGUGCAACUGAAGGUGGUUAAAAACCUACUAAACUACUUUCACUCCGGCAGUCAUCCUUACUCGCGGGAGUACCGCGAGGUAGUCGAUAGAAUAGGUUUACCUGCCUUGCGUAAAUCGUACCUUGCGCAGCUCAAGCAUCUGAUUGCCGAUCCACUCAUGACGCACAAAACUCUCCCAAACGAUGCUUUCCACACGCAAACCAAAGUAGCCUGUGCGGAGCGAAGGUUACGCGAGACGAGCGAAGUGCUGCAAAUCCUUCUGUUAAUCGUCCAUUAUAGCGGCAUCAAUCCGGGCGAGUUAGAUGAGUUGUUUGGUUUGUUUCGAGAGCAUUCUUUCGGGCGCCAGCAAGAAUACAUAGACGUUACGACCGAGAUUCACGCCGAACUGGUCAAACGCAUUACGUACAACGAGUUGGCGCUCGUCUUUCGGACGCUCGACCUGUCGGAAAAGUUUGACGAUACUACCUGGAUCGAAAAGGUGGUAGACGCGCUCGACGGCCCCAUAACGGCACUGCAACAGUUUCCCGAACAUGGACCACUGCUGCUCGUAUGGAUGUUGUUCAAUUUCCGUCUACAGCACAGUGUCGAAGAUGAGGACGUGACUCGUCGCUAUCAGCAGCUAGGUUCGCGGGCCAUCAAACUCGGUGUGUUCGAGUACCUGCACGGGCUCGUGUCGCAUCCGAUGUUCAAGGACAACAGCCUCCCGGCAAAGAUAGUGCGAAAGUCCAUUUUUAACCACAUUGGUUUUCUUUGCCAACUGUUUGAUGCGCGCGAGUCUAUAGCGCACCACGGCAAAAUAUUCGAUCUAGUCAGCGAGCUGCUGACAUCUCCUACCAUAGCGACAGAGUUUUGCAAAACCGAAGAUCACCCGAUCCGUGCGCUGUUCAACAUCUGCGUAGAGCAAUUUCCCGUGGAAUUCUUGCCCCUCUCGAAAGUAGCGUUCGCCCUGGCUUCGGCAGGUUCCACGCAAAACGCUUACAUCCAGCGAUUGUUGGAAAAUCUACCGGUCUACACCGAGCUCUACAACGACACGAAUGCUCAGUACAUAUGGCGCAAAUCGGCGACAGGGAUGGACGAUGAGUUCGUCCUGUGCAAUGAUUACACUCCCUCGAACAAGAUUGAAUUUACCAUGCCGCGUGGAACGAAGCUCAUUGUCAACGACGUUCACACUCACCGAAAGACCUACGUUCAUUUCCGGACGCGUUAUAAUUUCUUCAGUGCUCUACAUCACGAGAUCAAUGAGCUACUGUUCGACGCACAAGCCACGAGCACACUUAGCCAGGAACGGGUACUGCGUAUCGCCACAGGGUUAAAAUAUCUAGCGGUGGCCGUGAAGCGCAUUCAGCAGCCACUAGACAUCUCAGCCGAGAUGGUACACCCGACGGAGAUGGUUUUCGAUGUGUUGCUCAAGUUCAAAUCCGUUCCUAACCCACCGAUCGAUCUGCUGGUGCAGUGCCUCAACGUUUGCUCAGCACUGGUGCCACUGUUCGAGCAGGAGAUAUACACGCGCAUUAUGAAUCUUAACAUUCUGCCAACGGUCAACAAUGCAACCCUAUCCUACAAGGAGUACGCAAACGGGGCAAGCUACGAUUCCAGUCUGAUCGGUUACUAUCUGAUGAACGUGGAGCGCAUCGCCGGUUCCUAUCCGAUUCUGAUGGCGUACUUUAACUUACUGAAAACGUACACCAAGCUCGGCCGGGACAAUGUGUUCGGAGUGGAGCUACCUGGCACCAUCUUUCUGCUGCGGGAAGUGCUGCCGCAUGCAAACAAUUGGCGCUAUGAAACCGGAACGGAUCGAUACCGCGUGUUGGUGUUUGUGGUACAGUACAUCUACGAGAUUCUGCAGCUCAGCGAGAAGCAGUUGUGCAGCGAUCCGGCACGCCGUACUCUGCGGGAUGUUUGCGUGUUCAGUUUGCUCAAUCGGGAUAAUGGGAUGGUUUUGCUCAAGAUUGUAGGACUCGGUAACGGUUAUCUGCAGGCCGUGAUGGAGCGGGAAACGAACUGGAUGAUGGUUCCCGAGCAGCAGCUCAACUUGAUGAUACAGUACUCGAUGACGAUACUGAUGCAGAUCUUGCGCCUCAAGCGCCACAUACAGGAGUAUGAUCUGUCGCCACUCGAAUCGGCGAUCUACACGCAACCGAAGCAACGGGACACGUUGCGCAUCAUCCCGAUGGUGACGGGCUACAUGAGCAACAUUUUCAAUCCGCGGUUACCGAUUCUUUCCUGCCGAUUGUUGCGUCGCUUUGCGAUCGAGUUUCGAAUGUCACUACUCGCGUGCUUGGACAUGGAAGCGGAUCAGAUACGGCACACGUUUCUCGAGCGGUUACAUGAUGAUAUCGAGAGCGAGGACUUGAAGCUUGCCGUGCUGGAGUUGGUCGAAGCUUGCGUUCACAAGCAGCCCGGUCUGACGGAGGCAUUCUUCAAGGUAAACUACGCCGCCCGCGACCGACGGCUGGUGCUCGGGCCGAAGGAUGUCAUCGGAGCGGGUAAAACACGACCCCGGACGAUGAUCAACGAUGGCAUACCCACGUACAUGGAAGAGUUUCUCGAAGCGAUCAUGAAUGAGCCAAGCAAACUGGCCAGCCCACUGCUGUCCCGCCUAAUGUCCCUGUUUCACGCUCUGUGGAAAAAUAAUAUGCAGGCUUUGGUACAGAAACAAAUGCAGAAACCCACGUUUUGGCCUUCACUCUGCAACCCACUGUUCGGUGAGCACGUUGCCGGCAAUAUCCGUGCGUACAGUCAACUUUUCAACAUACUCGGCAUUGAACUGUUCCGCGUGAGCUCUGCAUCCAACGUAAAGAUGGACGCGGAGCUUUCGAAGGUAUUUGAGCGUUUCAUUCAAAAAGUGGACGUGUUUGAACGGUGGGUCAACAUUGUGUUCGAUCUCCCGCCCGCCAGUGACGGGCAAUUUACGAACGCAAAUAACACGGACAGCAACGAGAGCUCCACGAGUGCCUUCACUGUGUGCCUCGAAGAAAAGGUACAAGAAACGCCAGACUGGCUUGGAAGGUUACAGUCUUUUAAGGAUCUGCUGGUGCUGGUGAUCCGUAAACGAGAACCGGGUGUUGUGCUGCCCGAUCGGUGUAAAGCAUUCCUUGCCGAGCGCUGCCUUUCGGUGCUGGUUGAUCGGAUAGAGGAGAUCCAUGAUAUGAGACCACUGAUCGUACUGGCCGAAUUGUACUUGAUCGUUUUGUCGGAUUUUGAAAACAAGUAUACGCCCGAUACGGCUCGGGACGAUCAGAUGCUCCGGCAGAUGGAAACCUUGCUCAGCCGUUUAUCGGUCUCGUAUGCGGACAUUCAUCAGCGGGCCAAGGAAGCCAUUUUGGUGAUCGCCAUAAAAACGGUCGCGUUCCAAUCGGAUCGCUGGAUGGAAAACGGCACGAUUGCUGUGGAGUUGACACGUUCGGCGGUGGACAUAGCGGCCGAAGAAAUUAGCACUCUCGAGAUGCUCGCCAAAUCGCCCGGGUGGAAGGAUCGUUCGGUGAGCGACAAGACCAGUGGGAAGCUGUACAAUUCUUUGCUGCUGGCGAUCAAUCUGUUGAAACAGUUGACUAUCAGCUUCGAUCAGCGGGUGGCAGUUCCUUCGCUACAGUUUACAACUCGCUGGGUCAGUUGGUUCGUCAAGGGAAAGCUAUUCCAGCGGCUUCUCAGCAUCACGGGCACGGUGUUGCCCGAAUACGAACACCGGAAGCUGGUGGUCGAGCUGAUGGAUUUGCUGAUUCUGCUCGCGGAAAGCCGUUGUUCCGAAGAGCUGCUGUACUGUGAUGUGGGAGACUAUCUAUGGCUGAAGCUGUUGCCACCAAAGGAGCUUCUGGUUCGUCCCUACGUGGUGAGUAGUGGAACCGAACAGCAAUGGCAAACGCAAGACUGGUGGCCUAUUUACUCGCGCGGUAUACGGCUCGUGCGGCUGCUGCUCAGCCAACAUGGACAUCGUUUCCUACGGGAAGCCAUAUUUUUCAUCGGAAUUCACGAGGAGUAUCUGAUGGAUUCACUGCUGCUUGCCAAACAAUCGCUGGAGCCGAGUGCAUAUUUGCUGAUAAACGAAACACUGCAAUUGGUUGGCACGAUGGUCGCGUACGAAAAGCAAUGGCGCUUGGAACACAGCCAAAGUUUGCUUCAUUUGAUGCGUUGCACACAAUAUCUGAUGGACUACGCCAUCUCGCUGCUUUACCGCCCGAAAAUUUUAAAACGACUUAUAACCGGAAGCGGAGACAACGGUGGAUUCCUAGUGACAGAACUUGAUAUCGAUCCCAGCACGAUCGAUGCAUCAGACGAGCUGGUCAAAGCGAUGAACAAUCUGAUCGAGAUUGUGAUACUCUGUACGAAGGCAUUGUUAGCGUUCAGCCCAACACUCUUGGUGCUGCUGUGUGAUGCCGAGUUCGCACCGAGCACGUUUCGACCGCUGGUGGAAAUUCAGUUCGGAGCUCCGAAAAUCAGCACGGACAACUUUUCACAGCUCAGCUUCGGUUCCCUGCUACAGGCAGCAUGCAUCUUCACGAAGGUUCUUAAUCUGCAACAUCACGCGUUUAGUGAAACAGCUCUAAAUGAAUUACCUGUAAGCAUCAAACACCGUCAGGCUGACGGAAUGGACGAUUCGACAGCGGAAAGUCUAAUCACCGGUGCCAGCCGAUCCGGACUCACUAGCCACGGCGGUACCCCAGGUCGCGGCAAGAGAUCCCAGUUCGCAAAAACCCUCUCCAUGACAAGCGUUUCCAGCUACACGUCCUCCAACGCAAUAACGUUGUCCAACGAGCUGCUGACACAUCUAGACACUAAACUUUGCAUCUAUGGGCUCGAAUUCGUCCUAACGCUGCUCGCAUCCCAGAGUCUGCUGGCGUUGAAAGACGUCAAUUUAUCCCAGCGCGAAAAACAGCUUAUCAAGCGAGAACUCAGCACGGAACUGCUGAUCUUUCAUGAUUUCGUGAAGCGUCGCAUUCUGAAGGAUGCCAAAAGUAAUCUGGCACGCAAGAAGCACGGUGUAGUGCCCAUUUCCAACGAAGUGACCGACAUCGACUACGACGACCAAGAUGACGAUACUGACGAUCGGCGGCGGGGCACUUCGUCGACGGAUAGAUCGAAAGGCGGCGCCACUAAGUCGAACAAACGGUUGUCGUCUGCGCAGCAGCAAUCGAUGCGUAUCAAUGUCGUCCGAAAAAUGCAUCUGCAAAAACAUCAUCAAGAAUCACCGGAACUGUCCGGAGGCGAAGCAACGCCCGUUCUGAAAGGAAUCCUUAAACCGUCACCACCUUCCACCUCCGUUAAGCGGGUAAUGUUUGACGACGAUCUGGACGAGCCAGCAAAUAGUAUCGCCUACGUUGAACCGGAAGACGAGCCAGUGUAUUACGAAGCACAGGAACCGCAAUUUACUGGCCUCUCGUAUGUGCAAAUGGUAGAGGAAGAUUACCUUCAUCUUCUCUCAAAUGUGCUACUUAUUGUAGGACAAAGUGAAAACUGAACCCAUCUCUGCUAAAUCUGAGGAUAAGUUCGAUUCAUAAUAUGCCCGUUCUACUUUCUGAUUAGCCAGAAUU